ACGAAAAAUCAAAUCAUUUUUCACUUUUGAACUUUCAGUCUUUUCAGAACUUCAUAGCUAAGAACCGGAAUAAUCUGGUUGCAUGGUGGGCACGGCCGCACGCUGCUCCAUGUUUGCUUCCGUAGUUAAUUCCACGUCCGAAGACCAGAGUGUUGAUGAGAGUGAACUACCUCUGUGCGCCAAUGUGCGCGAUGUGCUGGUCACACAUUACAGUAUCCAAUGGACUGCGAAGCUUCGCGAGAAGCGUUUGGAAGGCUUUGUGCUUUUACAUCUGAGCAAGCCUGCUGACGGGGACAAUUCCGAAACAGUAGAUACAGUAAACCCAUCUGCUCGAAGGUGCCAAGAAUUACCACCCGAGACCUCCGUUAAACGCUUUGAAAUUAUCCUGGAUGCCUACGAAUUGGACAUCAAAUCCGCGCAUAUUCUGCAUUCUCCAGUGCAACCCUUCCAACAGCUGGAUGAAGAGCUCCUCAAUCAUGAAAACUUGAAGUCUCUACAUUGCACAACGAACCGCUGGAGUGUCCAUAUUGGCGAUAAUGUAGCGAAUUUUCCCGAAAGGAUCGUGGUUUUUUAUUCCACAAAAUCCCCAUCGUGCUCAUUACGAUGGACGGUGGACGAUGCAGCGCGCAUUCUGAUCUUCACUUCGGGAGUUUUGGUGAAUAAUCGCGCAUUGUUACCGUGCCAGGACGCUCCUGGAAUAAACGUGACAUGGGAUUGUCAAGUGAAAGUGUUGCUGGCUGGUACACCCGACAAACAAAUCUCCUUGUUUAUGACAGGCGAUCAUGAAUGUUUUUGCGGAGGAACCGAUCAAGAGCUCAUAUGGAGAUUCUCUAAUUCAGCGCCCGCACCCAUAUCGACACUCGGGUUAUUAAUGGGAAAUUUUUACGUGGAAGAGCAUUCGUUAUUGGGUGGUCGUUUACCGUUUCGACUGAUCUAUGGAGUUUCGCAAGCAGCGUGCAUCCGCUCUGUGGAAUUAUUGAGAUAUUUCAGUGAAUGUCUGGUAAUCGCGGAAGGUAUGUUAGGCCUUUAUCCUUUUUCGCAAUUGAGCGUCUGGAUUACAUCGACAGCAUAUGAAAGUCUGGGAAUGGCUUGGCCGAAUCUUUUAUUUAUCCAUCCAGCGGUGUUGUCACCGGACGGUGGGAUGCUAGUGCGAAUUGCUCACGAAGUGGUGCAUGCAUGGUACGGAUUGUCCAUUGGCCCGCGAGACUGGUCAGAAGAAUGGAUCUCCGAGGGAUUUGCCACUUUCCUUGAGGAUAUUGUUCACGUUGAAGUCAUGCAACGGGUGAAGAGUUGGUCGGCCGAAGAAUGCACACGUUGGCUGAAGCGACGCGAAUUAUGGAAAUACCGUUUACUCGCGGAAGAAAUCGCCCACACACCUGGACAUCUGCAACUGCUGCAGCAACAGUCGGCUUCGUCAUCUGUUGGGAACGGUCUGAACUGCGCGAAAUUGUCUUGCCAGAUUCAUUAUCUCAAGGGAUACUUUCUUCUUCGGCAUCUGGAGAUUGUUGGAAAAGAGGCUUUUAUGCAGUUUUUAAAAUUUUGGACUAUCCAGCACGCCGGUAAAUUCGUCUUGGCUGAAGGAUUUAUACUAGAUUAUUACACAAAUUUUGCCAGACAUCUGAAUUAUGGAUCUCAAGAUGCAUUUAUGAUGCACCUUCGUGCGACAUGGUUGAGCCAACCCGGCAUCCCGACAGAAGUGGAAGGCAGGUGUACUUCUGCAGAAAUGAAACUGUUAAUUGAUGAAUACAGAUCUGUGGUUAAAUUAUGGAACUGCGUUUUCGGUGCUAAUGCGGCCAAAAGCAAAAGAAAGUUGAUAAUUAAAGUGCCAGCGUCGCAGGAACCACUCGAUACUUGUUUAAUUCUGGACUAUCUGAAAGAGUUACCCGAACUGAUCUGCCCCGAGGACUUGCAGCGUCUUCGGAAAUUCUACUCUAUUGACGUAGCUAAUGCAGAUAUUCGGCAUAUUUUCUGUGAAUUGAUUAUUAUCAACCAGUGCGAACCGUUAUGGAGUUUCUUAAAGGCUUUUCUUGCCAAAGAAUUUGCCAUGGGAAAAUGUUUGUAUUCGAUGAUCAUGUUAAGCCCUGUUCAACGUUUCCGAGCAAUUAUUCCCGAAGUUGUAAAUUUGGUUGGGGCAGAUAAAGACGAGUUUUGGUGGAAAGAAAUGAAGAAAAUAAUGAAUGAAUAAGUUCACAGAAUAAGU